AUGACGAAUAAUCUGGCUGGGAAAAGUGCUAAGGAGAUUAAAGAACAGAUUGUGAGGAAAAGAACGCCGAAAUCGUGCAUUCGAUGCUAUUCAAUCAAAAGAAAAUGUGAUCAUAAGAAACCGUCAUGUACCAGGUGCUUCAAAAAAAGUUUGCCUUGUGAGUAUUUCACGGAGGAACACGUCUUGGAAAGAUGUUUACAACGCCAGAGCAAUCUUCGUUCAGUUAUACAUCAAAAGGCUCCUGCCAGCCGAUCUUCUACUAAUGAAACUAUUUCUGAGAAUGAUACAUUGCCAACUACGGAGUUGAAUCCAUCAUCAAGCGAAACAGAGGCCAGGAAUUUCAAGUUGAUUGUAAAUUCCACGGGUGAAUAUUCCAAAUACAUUUCCUUGAGUUUGUUUCCGUUUAGCGAUCCAUCACAAAUCGUGUCAUACAUUGUUGACAGAGUACCACAGGAUCAGGACAAGUAUGUCAUUUUCGAUUUCUCAUUCGUUUCUGGUCGUUUGAACACUGCUGCAGAUAUACUGAAGAUGCUACCCAGCAAAGUGCAAUGUGAUAGAUUAGUCGCAUAUUUCUUUAACAACAUAGCUCCAUUUAUUCCCAUCUUGGAUCAAGAAGAGUUCGAAAUUAAAUACAAAGAUUUAUGGAAGAAUUUCAAAACGUACGAUGAUCUUAAUAACCUAAUGGUACUUUUUGCGAUUCUAUUUUCAUGUUGUGUGUCGAUUCAGGUAACGAACAUAUAUCUCACCGGAAAACAUUUCUCAGAAGAUGAUCCUAUUGAUUAUGAUAAGUUAAAGUAUUCAUGUUUCCAAUGCGUUCAGAAUAUCAGAUAUUUGAACAGAACGGACAUUUCACCAUCGAUGUCUGCCAUUACGGCACUAACAUUAAUGUACUACGUUGGAUCAUUCCAUUGUAGCGUGGCCGUUGGUGAGGUAGCUGCAUUGUUGAGGUUUUCUCAAAUCGUCGGUUUACAUCGCAGCCUCUCCAGUGAUACAAAGUCAAGCUCGGUAAGAGCAUUCUUAUACAGUUAUGUGGUACAUCUUGACUCAUUGGUCGCAUACUAUAACGGAUUGACAUCAUAUAUCAACCCAGAUCUAUUUGAAAUAGUGAGAAACUUCCCAAAACGGGAGAAAGACUUGAAGACAUUGCAUUCUUUAACUAAAUUUCACAGCAGUAUCGUUUGGACUGACCUACUUCACCAGUUAAACAAGAUUAAACCCUCUGUGGAGGAAGAUUACGUGCGGCUCAACAAUGAGUAUCUCAGAUCCGUGGAAAAAGUGAACUCUUUGAAUGCUGAAAUCUUGACGUUAUUCCCCGACGAGGAUCAGGACUAUAUACACCUACUUGUAAGCGAAGCAAGACUUGGGCUUAGAAAAUCAGCCAUCUUAGUCCAUAUUUUAAGGCUUUCCGUCGCUAAUAUUAACAUCAAAAACGUACACCAGGGAGAAAGCUUCAAUUACGAUCUAGUAGUGCAGGCACUAUUGCUCAUCAAUGAAUCUUUGAUGAAAAUACACCUCGGAGUGAAGUGUAACAUUAAUAUGAUGUGGUGGGUACGUAAUUCCUACCCGUUACAAGCACUUUCCAUAGUGCUAACUCAUAUUCUAAAGAAACCAACUACAAGAAUGAAUUUCGAAAAUCUACCGGUUGGUUAUGAAUAUACAAAACACCCAGACAUAAAUUAUUCAGCGUUUGAUAUCAGAGAGGAAAUGGUCGUCAAAACUAUGGACGCCAUUCAGACCAUCAAGAGAACCUGGCCAAAGGUAGUGCAAAGACGAUUCGAAAAGAUUUGCGAAUUGAAAGAAUAUGUUUUUAGCCAGAGAAGGAAACAAUCAACGACUCAACAAACGUCUACUUUAAAUCUAGGUAUACCCUCCUCAACUACAGUGCCAAUCUAUAGCUCGGACUUCGCCGAUACAAAUGCUCAUCCUUCGGGCUCUACAGUACCGAAAAUGACCUUCGACGAACUUCUCAGCAGCUUAUUUGACGGCGACACGGAUUUUCAAUCGCUCCUCUUCGAGACACUCCCGAACAAUUUGUAA